CAAACCCCCUCCUCAUGUAAUCUCCUUACUACUGGGGUGACAUGUGACCUCCAGCUCAGCCCCGCCUCCUCUCCAGAAUCACCACAGGUUCCUCAGCCACCAUUCCCUCACAUCUUUACCUCAUAACUUACACUCUGAGAUAGAAGAAAGAUGGUGGAUUGUGUCACUCGGUGUGGAGAUUCCAGGAAGACACCAGAGGCCAUAUUAGCCCUUUAUAAAAGAUUCCUUAAGACAAAAAACUGGGGGGAUUUUUCCACAACAACCAAUCACAGCUCAGCUAAAGAGCUGUGGUAAAGUGAAAGCUGAGCUGUGAUUGGUUGUUGUGAGAAAAUCCCUCCACUUUUUCUCUCACACAGUUUGAUAAAUCUGGGCCGUCCUCCUCAGGAGAGGGAACCUACUGGUCCAAGCAGAGAAGUGACUCCAUGUCCAUCUACAGCCAUAACAGAGGAAGCAUGGAGUGUGAGGAGAAUCCUUGUGGUAAUGAAGAUGGAGGACGGGCCUCAUCACAUCAGGAAGAGAUGGAUAAGAAGAAAAGGAGGUUUUUAUAUAAAGAAAAACAUAUUCUUAUUGAGGAGAUACCAACAGCCUUGAAGGAAGCCAUGAUCUGAAGUCUGGGAACUGGGUGACUGUAAAGAAACAGGUCAGAAAGGACAAAAGAUCAGAUUUGAAGGUCCUUACCAAAUCCAACUGAAGACUCCUACUCCAGUAAAUGUAGCAGGAAAGAUCCACUGGAUACACACUUCCCACUCCAAGAAAAUCUUCAAUCCUGAAGAUUGGUCACAGUCACAAUGACCUAUACUUUGUGUUAAUGAUGACUGUGAAAGUCAUGGAGACAUUGAAUACUCACCUUAAGGCAGCAUCGUCUCCAUCCAUCAUGUCCAUGAAGACGUCGCUGUUAUUACUCGGGUUGGCUUUGAUACAGGAAGGAGCUGCCAUCAGACCUGUGGUCACCUUCACUCCAGACUACAGGAAGAUAUUUAUAUCAGAGAAUAUAACAAUGACCUGUGAUGUGGGAUCUAUAGGAGAGGAGCUGAGAUAUCGCUGGUACAAGAAUCGGAAAUAUGUAUAUAAUGGGAAAUCCUAUACAAUACAAUAUGCUGGAUCAUCACAGAGUGGAAGUUACCAAUGUGAGACCAGUAAUGGAGAGAGAAGUGACCCUGUUACACUGGAUGUUAUUAAUGGUUGGGUCUUGCUGCAGAUCCCUCUAUAUGCCUAUGAAGGAGAUGACAUAAAGAUAAGAUGUCACCACUAUCCUGGAUAUAAUGGAGGACAGACAAGAUUUUAUAAAGAUAACAGAGUCAUCAGAGACUGGACAUAUAAUGAAGAAUAUUAUAUAGGAAAUGUAGACAGGAAAACUACCGGGACAUAUAGAUGUAUAAAAGAAGUCUAUCCUUCUAGGUGGCACCAAGAUGAAGCUUCUAUAUCAGUAAAAGAUCUCUUCUCUCCCCCAGUACUGACAGUAUCUCCAGAGUUGGUCAUUGAUGGAGAUACCAUGACCCUAAGCUGUGACACAAAUCUUAGUGACUAUAGACAGGACACAGAUCUGCAGUAUGCCUUCUACAGAGAUGGGAGAACAGUCCAGGGAUUCACCUCUUCUAAUAAAUAUCAGGUUCUGUUCAUUCAGAAGGAGAAUUCUGGGAACUAUACAUGUGAGAUCCGAACACCAACCAGCGGUGUAAAGAAGGAGAGUCAGAGACUUCACAUACAAGGGUCACGUGGUUCUUCUAUAAUGCCCAUACUAUCUGUGAGUUUGGGGCUGUUACUACUCAUCAUCAUCUUUACUUUGCUGUGUGUAGCCUAUCAAUGUCGAUCAUCCGAAAAUAACCCUCAACCAACAACAGCCGCUGACAAUGAUUACUCUACUCAAGUUGAAUUAAACUACACGGUUCUUGAUCCAACUAGGAGACCACGAGCUGAUCUGCCACAAGACAAUGGAUCUAAUGUUGUCUAUGCUGAAGUAAAUUCCAAGGCCAAGCACCAAGUCAAAGCUUCUCAUGGAACGUCUGACACAUCAGCCGACAUCUAUCAGAAUAUCAGCUCCUACUGAGGAACCAUCUCCAGAUGUGACCAUUAGAGAUGAG